AUGGUGAAGAAAAUGCUUUACAAUUGGAAAUAUUGGUGGAGAUCUCUUCACAACCACAAUUACUUUAUAAUCAAAUUGGGCGUUUCAAUUCUUUUAGUGGGUCUUGCAUUUAGGCUUCUCUACACUCGAUCCACUGGGUUUUCUCCAAUUUCAGACACCCCACUUCUUGAUAAUUCCCGGAUUUCACCACCUGUUAGUCCUCUAAUUUCUCAAGAAAAUACAGAUGGAUUUCCUCCCGAAGAUGAUGCUGGAAAGUGUAAUAUUUUUAUCGGGGAUUGGAUUCCUUAUCAGGGAGAACCCAUCUACACAAAUGAGAGUUGCAGCUUCAUCGAUGCCCAGCAGAAUUGUAUGAAGAAUGGGCGGCCAGACACUGGUUAUCUCCAUUGGAAGUGGAAUCCCCGUGGUUGCAAAUUGGCUCGAUUUGAUCCAGAUAGGUUUCUUGAGUCGAUGAGGAAUAAAAGUUGGGCACUGAUUGGUGAUUCAAUAUCACGAAAUCACAUCCAGUCAUUGUUAUGCAUUCUCUCAACGAUAGAAAAGGCCGUUGAAGUUUACCAUGACGAGGGAUACAAAUCGAGACAAUGGAUUUUCCCCACAUACAACUUCACCAUAUCAGUUAUUUGGUCCCCUCUCCUUGCAAAAGCCGCCAUUUUUGAAGACAUGAAUGGCGUUUCAACAUCUGAGAUUGAACUACAUCUCGACAUUCUUGACAUGAAUUGGACUAAACAGUACCAGAACUUUGAUUACAUGAUAAUUUCUAGUGGUAAAUGGUUCGCCAAAAAUGCAAUCUACUAUGAGAACAACAAGGUACUAGGUUGCCACAACUGUCCUAAGAGGAACUUCACAGAACUCGGGUUCAAAUUUGCUUAUCAAAAAGUCCUCCACAAUGUUUUUGAUUACAUUAUCAGGUCGAACCACAAAGGCAUGAUCUUUUUCCGGACCUCCACACCUGAUCACUUCGAGAAUGGAGAAUGGUUCAGUGGUGGGUCAUGUAGAAGAACAAUGCCAGCAAAGGAAGGUGAGUUCAGGUUAAGUGAUGUGAACAGAGUCCUCCACGAAGUCGAAUUAGAGGAAUUUGAUGAGGCAUCUGCUAAAGCUUCUGAAAACGCGGUAAACCUUAAACUUUUUGACGUAACUCCUCUUUCAUUAUUGAGACCGGAUGGACACCCAGGUCCAUAUAGAUUUUUUCAUCCAUUUGCUAAAGAUAAGAAUGCAAAAACGAUAAAUGACUGUCUGCACUGGUGUCUACCCGGCCCGAUUGAUUCUUGGAAUGAUCUGUUAAUGGAUAUGGUGUUUUAA